AUGUCCAAACCUUCAGACCACAUCAAGCGGCCCAUGAACGCCUUCAUGGUAUGGUCCCGGGGCCAGCGGCGCAAGAUGGCCCAGGAAAACCCCAAGAUGCACAACUCGGAGAUCAGCAAACGCCUAGGCGCCGAAUGGAAGCUUCUGUCCGAGGCAGAGAAGAGGCCGUACAUCGACGAGGCCAAGCGGUUACGCGCCCAGCACAUGAAGGAGCAUCCCGACUACAAGUACCGGCCGCGGCGCAAGCCCAAGAACCUGCUCAAGAAGGACAGGUAUGUCUUCCCCCUGCCCUACCUGGGCGACACGGACCCGCUCAAGGCGGCUGGCCUGCCCGUGGGGGCCUCCGACGGCCUCCUGAGCGCGCCCGAGAAAGCCCGGGCCUUCUUGCCUCCGGCCUCGGCGCCUUACUCCCUGCUGGACCCCGCGCAGUUUAGCUCGAGCGCCAUCCAGAAGAUGGGUGAAGUGCCCCACACCUUGGCCACCGGCGCGCUGCCCUACGCAUCCACCCUGGGCUACCAGAACGGCGCUUUCGGCAGCCUCAGCUGCCCCAGCCAGCACACGCACACGCACCCGUCCCCCACCAACCCGGGCUACGUGGUGCCCUGUAACUGUACCGCCUGGUCUGCCUCCACCCUGCAGCCCCCCGUCGCCUACAUCCUCUUCCCAGGCAUGACCAAGACUGGCAUAGACCCUUAUUCGUCAGCCCACGCCACGGCCAUGUAA